UAAACCGCUCUCUUAAAAGUUAAUAGAUUUUAUAAAAUUUUAAAUUAGAGAGAUAUUCUUUUAAAAAUUAUACAAAAAAUUUACAUAUUUCACUUAAAGUCAAUUACAAAAUCAGAACUGUAGUUGUAAGACCUAAUUAAUAUACUUUGUGAAACUUUGUAAAAAUGUUGCAAGAUCCUCUUUAAUUUAUACAGAGGAAGUGUUGUAUAGUAGUAUCACUGCAGAUUUUUCCACUAAGUACUACAUUUCUUUGCCUUUGCUUUUGGAUAGAAGUCAUUUAUUAUGAGCAGGAGCCCUGCACACUAUCCUCAGACAAUGAUAGUAACCAGUGGUCCUCUUCAUCAUCAUACUUUAUCCAGUUAUAGUAAAAAUGGGACAUUGGAUGAUGAGCAAUAUACUGAUGCACCAUAUGACUAUUAUGAAUACUAUGCUGGAUAUGUUGAUUCGCAUGGAUUUUCCUGUAUUUAUGAAAAUUAUGGAGCUAGCAUUCUUCCUGUGUUAUACUCCCUGUUUUUUGUGGUGGGCUUUCUGGGUAACAUAAUGGCUAUCUGUGUGGUCUCGAUGGGUGUGAGGCUGAAAAGUAUGACCGACAUCUGUCUUCUGAACCUGGCUAUUGCUGACCUGCUCUUGGUCUGCUCGCUCCCCUUCUUGGCACACUAUGCCAGAGACCAGUGGAUCUUUGGAGAUGUUAUGUGCACUAUAGUCCUUAGUGUCUACCACAUUGGAUUCUAUAGUGGGAUAUUCUUUAUUGUACUGAUGAGUGUUGAUCGGUAUUUAGCUGAAAUUCAUGCUGUGUUUGCUAUAAGAGUCAGAACAAGGACAUAUGGAAUCUCAGCAAGUGUGGUCACAUGGAUUGUUGCUGUUUCUGCAUCCUUUCCUGAGUUGACACAUCUAAAAACCACAGAAAACAAUAAACAAAAAUAUUGUAUAUCUUACACAACAAAUUAUCAAAAUUCUUACCUUUCUUCAAGGACUUUUGGUAUCUUGAAAAUGAAUCUUAUGGGUUUAAUUCUUCCUCUUAUUGUGAUUGUAUUUUGUUACUCAAUCGUUUUAAAGAGACUCCUAACAGCUCACUCUACCAGGAGGCGGUCCAUGCACCUUGUCAUUACUAUGAUGGUGGUCUUCUUCUGCUGUUGGGUUCCAUACAAUGUCACAGCUUUUGUGAAAGCCUUAGAACUAAAUGAGCUUAUAACUCAAUCUUGUGACAGCAGUAAGGCAAUUAGUCUAACUUUGCAAAUCACAGAAGCUUUGGCUUAUUCACACAGUUGCCUGAACCCUAUUUUGUAUGUGUUUGUAAGAGAGAAAUUUAGAAGGAAUUUUUUUAAACUGCUGUACAGGAUACCUUGCACUAGACUGAAAUUCGUAAAGAAGUAUAUUACACAGACCACUGUAACAGUUUACUCACACAGCACCAGUGAUGAGAGAAUUAGUACAACAAUUUAAAUUGGGAAAAGAAUGCAGGGCUGUCACACCAUGCCCUAUGUUAAAGAAACAAAUUUAGGACAGUCCUGUUUAAAUGUACAUACUAAUUUGUUUUCUACCAAUCUACCAACAUUGAUGUAAUGAUUUGGGGAACUCUAAUUCUGGCACACUUUGGACUCUGUGUUGUUGUUUUCAUGUCCCAUGUGUUCGGUAAUUUCAGUUAAUUGUCUUAUUGUGUUCAGCUGUGUCUUGUUAAUUUAGUAAUUUACUUUGCUUUUAAGUCCAGUUUGUUUCAGUUUAGGUGGUCUGAUUGUCAUCCUUUGAUGCGUGUGGUUUCUGUUGAUCUUCCUGCCUGCCUGUAUGUUUAUUUGUUUGUUACUUUGUUUAAGAUUAAAAGUUAUUAAGAUUA